AUGGCACAACACGGCUUCGGCCAGUUCAACGGGGGACAUGGCCCCGGCGGAAGUAUUGACCCCAACGACCUGGCCAUGGGAGGGAACUUUGCCUCGUCCUACUCCAACAACUUCAACUCCAACUCUGCAAACAACUCAAAUGGCUUUUCCAGCGGUAACGCCCUCUUCGGCGACGACGAGCUCCUCGAUGGCCUCAGCAGCCCGACCGAGCAGCCAAGCAUGCACGGCCACGGUCAGGACUUUGGCGGCAUGUCGGACAUGAACAGCAUGGGCGGCUUCAAUCAGACUAUUCAUGGCUCAUAUCAUGGCAUGGACCAACCAAACCACAUCAACGGCUACUCCAACACGCCCGACGGAGAUCCUAUACAAAGUCCCUUCGUCCACAGCUUCAACAACUCCCAGUUUCGCCAGCUGCACAACCCCCACUCUCUCGGCAACUCGCUCGCGUCACCCAUUUCCUACUCAGGCUCGCCUUUGACCGGAUCGGAUCUGAAUAACGAGAGCGCAGACGCCAACUACCUUAAUGCGAAGAACAGAGCCAGGAUGGCGCAGGCGAUGCAGAGAAAGAGUUCUUCCAACACCAGAAGCCCAAUGACUCCCAAGUCGGCAAUGCAUUCUGUGCCCGAGACGUCGGGCUUCGGGCCCCAGUCAAUCAGGACCCAAGGUAUGCACGAAAAGUCGCCCUCCGCAGGAGGUCAGUGGAUGCAAACCCCUACUGGAAGCAUGGCAGCGUCCUACGGCUCUGGGUUUUCUUCACCCAUCCAGCCUGGCUUGGCUCAACUCAACGAGGUCAUGAUGAAGGGCGGCACCUCCAUGCCUGCGAAGCUUGGGGUUCAGCCUGGGGCCGUUUCUUCCCAGGAGAUGAAGCGGAAGAGACGUCGCGAGUCCCAUAACCUUGUCGAGCGGCGCCGACGAGACAACAUCAAUGAAAGAAUCCAAGACCUGAGCAGACUGGUGCCUGCGCACCGCCUGGAGGACGAGAAGAUUCGCAAAAUGAUCCAGAACGGUACCCCGCUUUCCCCUACUUUGACGGGCAUCUCCAACCCGUCGCAAGCAACCUCGGGCCUUGCCGGGCCUGGAGCGCGACGCGCAGCUGGCGGUACGACUGGCAACAUCACCACUGGCCUGCCCAUCGAAGACAAGGACAAGGGCCCCAACAAGGGCGACAUCCUCAACGGUGCCGUAAGCUGGACACGAGACUUGAUGUGGAUGUUGCACCUGAAGCUCCAACAGCAGGAAGAAUUGAUGAACGCCAUUGCGGAACUGGGCGGUCACUUCCCCUUCGAGCUCACGGAGGAUGAGAAGCGCAUGCAGACCGAGCUGAUGGAAGCCAUUUCCAAGAACGACGACCUCGGCUACUCGCGUGCGAGCGGGUCCGGCCUCAGAGUGCCUCACCACACCGACUUCCGUGGCGAGCCCCUCAACGGUGCGACCAACGCCGAUGGUGUCUCCGUCAGCCCUGGUGGCAAUGCAAGUGCUGCUCUGGCCAAUGACCUGACAGCUGGAAACGAAUUCUGGAACGACCCAGAUGACGACGACAGUGGCCCUGCCUCGCUGAACUUCAAGGAAGAGGACGAGUUCGGCAUGGACCUGACACAAUAG